GGAAGCAAGUAAAUUGAGGAGGAAGAGGAGAGGAAGAAUCAAAAAAAGAUGCAGGGAAUGGUGGUAGGGCGACUGUUAAGAAAGAAGCCCUUUUCUUCAUCAACAGCAUUAAAAUCAAGGGCAUUCCGAGUCACCAAAGCUCCUUCCCUCCUCGACCUAGACCUCCCUGACAUUUGGUCUUCCAAUCCAACUGAGACGACAAACCAUCAUCUUCCACUCCGGCGGAACGGCGAAGGUAGUGAUCAGAUUGCUGCAGUGAUUGAUGGGAAGUCAAUUGCAGACGAGAUAAGAUCAGGAAUAGCUGGUGAAGUAAGAAGAAUGAAGCACUCCAUUGGAAAGGUUCCUGGGUUGGCUGUUGUUUUGGUUGGUCAAAGAAGGGACUCUCAGACUUAUGUCCGUAACAAAAUAACAGCUUGUGAGGAAGUUGGGAUCACGUCUCUCUUAGAAGAACUUUCUGAUGACUGUGGGGAAGAUGAAGUUCUCAAUGCCGUGCUAAACUUUAAUGACAAUCCAUCAGUUCAUGGAAUUCUUGUGCAACUUCCUCUACCUCAACAUAUGGACGAGGAGAAAAUUUUGAAUGCAGUGAGCCUAGAAAAAGAUGUGGAUGGUUUCCAUCCCCUGAAUAUUGGGAAUCUUGCCAUGAGGGGAAGGGAGCCUCUGUUCAUCCCUUGCACUCCAAAAGGUUGCAUUGAGUUGUUGGUGAGGUCUGGUGUGGAAAUCAUGGGGAAGAAAGCUGCAGUGAUCGGGAGGAGUAAUGUUGUUGGAUUACCUAUUUCUUUGCUACUGCAGAGGCACCAUGCAACAGUUACUCUUUUACAUGCUUUCACAAAGAAUCCUGAAGAGAUUACUCGGGAGGCCGACAUUGUGGUCUCUGCUGUAGGGGUGGCCAACCUAGUCCGAGGCAGUUGGCUAAAGCCAGGAGCAGUUGUUAUUGAUGUGGGCACAAACCCAGUUGAGGACCACGAUAGUGAGCAUGGUUACCGGCUUGCAGGAGAUGUUUGCUAUGAUGAAGCAGUGAAGGUGGUGUCUGCUAUUACCCCUGUACCUGGAGGAGUGGGACCCAUGACAAUUGCGAUGCUACUUGGCAACACUCUUGAUUCUGCCAAACGCACAUACGUAUUUGGUUAGCCUCUUAUUGACUGCUCUAGAGAGUUUUUGGAGUUGUCUGAUACUCUGAAAUUUUCAGUUUGGGUAGGUUUCACCCAUCCUGUCACUACAAUUGUAACUAUAUUCUCUCCUUUGAACAUCCAAUUUAAAUCUCUUC